AUGUUUCCAUUUAGGUAUAUUAUAUUAGUGAUUACAACACUUACAUUUGGUUGGUUAUUGUCAAAUCCAGUUUCAUUUAAUUUUGCCAUUGUUUGCGAUGAAUCUGAAAACGCUAAUGGAACGAGGUUGAUUAAUUAUGAUUCAACAGAAAUAAGUAGUUUCUUUUCUGUUGUAGCAGUUGGUAAUAUAGCAGGGACUAUAUUUUUAAAUGUUUUAGAAAAAUGCUUAAGUUUUAAAAUGUGUGUAUGCCUUUAUCUUAUUUUAUCUGCAAUUGCUACAGCUUUAUGUCCAUUUUUUCUUCAAGUUGGUUACUGGCCAACAAUGUUUUUAAGAUUUGUUCAAGGAAUAGGUUGGGCUAUGUGCUUACCUGGAACUGGAUCUGUUUCAUUUGCCUGGGCUCCAAAUGAUGAAAGUACUAUUUUUGCAUCUGUCUUAACAUAUAGUGGUCAAAUUGGACCAAUGAUAACAAUGUAUUUAUCAGGAGAAUUAUGCUCAAGAGGAUAUGGUACAGAAAGUAUUUUUUAUUCACAUGCACUUUUAACUACAUUUUUUCUAAUUAUUUUCUUUAUUGUUUAUAAUGAUAAUCCAUCAGAUAGUCAUUUUGUUAAAAAAGCUGAAGUUGCGGUAAUAGAAAAUGACAAAGAAAUAACAAGUGAUCAUAAAAUAGAACCAGUCCCUUAUAAAGAAGUCAUUUGUCAUCCAGUUUUGGCAAUUGCCAAUGUAACAUAUUUUGUAUUUUUUUGGACAAUGCAUUUGUGGCUUCAAUAUGCAGCAAUUUAUAUGCACAAUGUUUUAAAAUUCGAUAUAGCAACAACUGGAAUACUAACAUCAGCUCCAUAUCUAGUUUCACUUGUCGUUAAAUUUAUUAUUGCAUAUCUAAGUGAUAAAGGAACAUUUAUGCCACAAAAAAAAAGACUUCAAUUUCUUCAUGGUAUUACACAAUUUCCACAUGGAAUUGCAUUUAUUGUACAAGGAAUUUUCCCAGCAGUCUGGUAUCCACUAGACGUUAUAUGUUAUACAAUACAAAUUAUUGGAAGUGCAUCUACUGGUGCUUCACUUUUCAAAGUUUGUCAAUUAAUAUCAAGACAACAUUUUCAUUUCGUUAUGUCAAUAGCUUCUUUUUCAAGUAGUUUAACAUUAAUUGUGUUACCAACAGUAAUAAGUUUUAUAAUGCCAAACUUUGAAUUAUACGGUUGGCGUUUUAUAUUUCUUUUGAUAGGAUUUUCUACUGUUGCUUUGAAUUCACUAUUUAUUGCAUUUAUGGAUGUCAACGCAGCAGCAUGGACAAAACAUGGACAUUCUGAAGAACCAGUAAAAGCAAUAAAAGUUUAUCCGAUUAAAGAUAAACCACUUAACGAGGAUAAAUAA